AUGCACAGAAGCUGUGAGCUGUGCUCAGCCAACCGCUCGACGCGAAUUUGGCUGCAGCAAAUUGCCGCAGGGUUGGUGCAAGAGAAGCAGUUCCUGAGCGAGCUUCCGACUCCACUUUUCUCGACGACAACAAGUCACCGCAGAGACCGACUCGUCCCCCCAGAUCGCAUCACCUGGACCAUCCCCUCGCCUACGUAUCGUCACGUUAACAUCGAAGCAAAGCGUCAGACACUACGGAUCAAUCGGCGCUUUCGAAAGCACUCCCACUCAAAGUCGCUCCCCACAAGACUCGUCACGGCGCACUGCAUAGAUUGCUGGCAUGUGCGCGAUCUACAAAGAUUUCGCGCCGUACUCAAAGGCAGCCCGUCCGACAAGUCGGGCGCCACCCAGUCCAACAAUAAUGGGUCCUAUGGCGCCGGCGCUGGCUCUUUUUCAAAGUCGCCACACAGCCACAAGGAGUCAUCAGGGCCAUGUCCGCCUGCCGAAGUGAACCGACGCGAUCAUCUUGGCCGAACUGUCCUGCAUCACAUCGCCUCGAGCACCGAGCCUUGGAGUUACAGCUACCUCAACGCCAUCCUCUCCCAUCCCAGCGUCAAUGUCAACCUCCAAGAUGGCGAGAGCGGAUACACGCCGCUGCACAGGGCGCUCUACCUUGCCAACUUGCAGACUGCCAUCAUUCUUCUUCGUAGAAGCGACAUCGAUCUCCGCGUCAAGGAUUUCGAGGGCCUCACUGCUUUCGACCUCUACAAUUCGACAGUCGCAGGCACCAAUCCUCCAGCAGAUGCCUUGUCGUCUUCGCACUCGCAUCGACAACACCACUCACGCAUCCUCACACAGCUCUUCACCUGGGGAUCAAAUCGCAACUACAAUCUCGGCCUUGGCGACGGCGACGAUCGACAGCUGCCAGACAAGAUUACACUACGUCCACCAGCUCCGACAAACAGCAACGGAACACAAUCAAUAGAGGAUGCGUUUAGAUCAUCUCUGCCCGCUGGCAAGAAGUUCGACCGCAUAGGGAUCAGGGAAGUUGCCAUGAGUCGUCUCCAUACUGUCGUCUUGACCGAUCAAAAAGCCGCCAAUGUCUGGGUCUGCGGUCUCGGCAGCAACGGUCGCUUGGGCAGAUCACCGCAGACGCAGACCUCGUUCGAGCCGCUCAAAGAUUUCAAUGAGACCGCCCGCUCCGUCGCCGUCGCUCAGGAUCACACGCUCAUCAUCACAGCAUCCGGCGCCGUCUAUUCCUUCGGUCUCAAUCGAUUCUCCCAGCUCGGCUACACCAUAGAGCAGGGGUUCGGCACUGUCGCUUCCACGUCAGGCAAGCUUGGUGCUGGAGCCGGUGUUACUUUCGGUCAACCCGCUGCCCCUCAAAAUAUCGAGCUCGAUAUCCAAGUCUCUCCUAGACGGAUCGUUGGUCCUCUCAAGAAGGAGGUUGUCCUCGGCGCCGCUUGCAGCAAGCUACAUUCGGCCGUCUACACCUCGGACGGUCUGUACACAUGGGGAACGAACACCGGUCAGCUCGGAUACGACAGAAGCGGUACAGCAGUGCAAGUCCAGCCACGCAAGGUCACAGCGCUUGCCGCAGGUGCGGGCAUUCAGGAGAUUGCCGCUUCCGACUUUGGUACAGCUUGCCUGAUGGAAGGCGGUGACGUCUUUGUUUGGCACAACGACACGCACUUUCGCAUCAACUUUCCUCUCGCCCGCUUCUCCAGCAGCAUCUCUGUCUUCAGGCCAAGGCAGGUUCAGCCCAAGACCCUCAUUUCCAAGCUCACCAGCAGUGGCAACACAUUUGCCGCCCUCAGUGACAUGGGCGAUCUGUUCACGUUCAACCUCGAGCAUCCGUCCGAGUAUGGCAGCACAGGAGGGUCCGGCAGAGCGGGUGCGCCCGUCUCUUCAGCCGCAAAGUCCUCGGCAGCCCAGUCGGCGCCCAAGCCUCAGUUGCUUUGGUCGGUGCGAAAGAAGUUCACUGCCGUUCGAGACGUCGCCAUCGGUGCCGAUGGUUCCGUCAUUCUCUGCACCGAGAGCGGUCACUGCUUUGUACGCCCACGCAGGAGUGACGCCAGCGGAGGAGGCAAGGGUGGUGGCGGCAAAAACUUCAAAUUUCAGCAGAUCCCAUACCUCCAACGUGUGGUCAAGGUUGCUACCAGCGAAAGCGGCGCACUUGCUGCCAUCAAAGCCGACCCUGGAUUGCCAGACGUGCGAGUCAAGGGCCGAUCCGUCGAGGAGGCGGUCCGCGAUCUAUUGCCUCAUCUCAAGGUGCAGACAUUGGGUCAAGAGAACGAAAAGGAAAAGGGUAUCACGACAAAAGUCAUCGAGAUCGCCGACGUUCAAGGCGAUGCUGACUCGGACAGCGAUUCGGAGGACGAUCGUCGCCUUGAAGCCGGCAAGACCGACACUGGAAGAUACGCUCGGAUGGCACUGCUGAUCGUCGAGGCCGCAAAACGUUGGGUCGCCGGUCGAAUGGUUUCUGGUGCCGAGGACGAAUCAUCUCCUGACCUGACAGCGUCACAACCCCUGUCUACCACAGCAAGAAGACAGGCCUUCUACGGUCCUCAUAAUCUGACGCCGCCUUUUGGCUGCGACGCCUUCCUGAUCGCCGACGGACAUUACCUGCCUGUUCACAAAGUCAUUCUGAAAGCGCGCGUUCCCUCUCUCCAAACGGCGCUGCAGGAUCCCAGCGUCAAGGAACGGUUGCCUGCAGGCAUCAAGUUGGCGACGAGUGGCAACACCAAACACGUCUUGAUCCUGACUCUCUCCAACUGCAGCUUGGUCUCGGCUCUGUUCCUGCUGCACUACAUCUACUCGGAUGACCUUCCGCCAAUAUGGGUCCCGAGCGUCGGUCUUGUCAUCGACAAGGAGCUCAAGGCAGCGAAGGUCGAUCGAGCACGUAUCCAGGAUGAGCUACGCCUCCUCGCAGAACGUCUCGACCUACCUGCUCUUGCUGCCAGCAUCAAAGCUAGCAUGCCGCGUCCACCGGAGCCGACGCUACGCGCAAAUAUGUCUGCCCUGUUCACGUCUUUCGUCGAUGUCGACGUUGAAGCGAUGCAACAAGGCAAGAGCUUCAACGAUGUGUUGCUUCGCCUCGAAGAUCGCACCGUGCCCGUCCACUCGGUGAUUCUGCGCAGGUCGCCGUUCUUCUCUGCCCUCUUCCAGCCUCACUGGACCGCUUCGCGUUGGGACAAGGACAAUGUCAUCACUCUUGACAUGAGCCAUCUGCGUUGGGAGGUCGCACGCAUUGUGCUGAUGCACCUCUACACAGACAAUGGCGAGACGCUCUUUACCGGUUGCGAUGCUGAUCGAUCGUUGGAGAUGUACAUGGAUUUCCUAGUUGAAGUCAUGGCCGCGGCAAACGAGCUGCUGCUUGACAAGCUCAAGCUUGUUGUCAGCUCUUUGCUACGAAGGCGCAUCCUUGCGCAUACUGUCGGUGCCGUUAUGACGGAAGCUGACUUAUACAAGGCCGAUCAGCUCAAAGAUAUCACCAUGGACUAUUGCACAAAGAGCAUGGAGGCACUGCUGGAGGGCGGACGUCUCAACGAGCUCGAUCAAGGGAUGAUCCGAGCUCUCACCGUCUACGUUCGACGCAAGCAAGACGAAAAGGUGCAUCGCACCUUUGCAGAGGACCGCCUCGCUGCUCUGGUGGAGAAGCACAGAGAUUUCUACGAUGAUCUCGACAUUCCGCCGCCAAGCUUGCAUCUCAUCGUCAACAAGGUUCGUCCGAAGAAGGGCGCAGGGCUCGCGGACAUGAAGUCGCCUCCUUUCUUGGCACAGGAUUCAAAUCGACGUUCAUCGAGCGCCCGCUUCGGCGCCAAGACACCCGCUAGUCCUGAUACGUUGCGACCUGUAGGCGCUGGUAUCGCGCAGCGGUCCAUGGACGAGACCUCGGAGGUAUUCUCCAUGGACGAAGACGACCUAGCAACGCCUCGAAAGGACGCAAGCUCGUCUCGCACCCAUGGAUCGCCAUGGGCUAUUCUGCCUCAGGUCGCACAUCUCAGUCUCGACGAUACUGUCGAGAAAAGCUCGCCGUCGCGGCCCUGGAAGUCCCGCACUGUCGAGGCCGAGAGAAAGCAAGGCGUCAAUGAGUCUUCCGCCUCGCCGGCGCUUCGUCCCGCCGACCCGCCGAAGGACCUGCGCAGCAUCAUGGCUCUGGAACAGCAACGUCAGCAGACCACUGUCGUAUCCCACCUUUCGAAUGCCACGACUCCCAGCGGCUCAGGAACGUCGACGCCAGUCCCCAAGUCGGUCGCUCCAGGCUUUGAGCUGUCGUCGAUCAGCGUUGCCAGUACGCGUCUUUCACAGAAAGAGCGCAAGAGGCAGCAACAGGAAGCAGGUCUAGCUGCUGCCGCUACAGCAUCAGCGCAGCCAGCUCCGACGCGCAGUGGUAGUGUUUCGUCACCAUGGAAGAUGGCCGAGUCUGGCUCAUCCCCACCGGACAAGCCUGCUGCCUCUUCGCCUUGGAGUAUGAAAGCCGCCGCAACGACAGCCAUGGCGCUUGGGACCUCUCACGAGGGCACUCCACCUCUUUCGUCUACACCCGGCAGCCGACGUCCUUCAGCCGCACCUUUGCAGCCGGGUAGCUUCGCCGGACAGGGCUCGCGACCGUCCCUUUCGGAUGCCAGCGCGUCACCGGCCAAUGGGCUCGGACCGACCUAUACACCGUCGCGCAUGGGCGCCAAAUCCACACCAAAGCGGAUGAACACGAGCGAAGCAGUCUGGGCUACCCCAGCGGUCGCUCCCUCUCUGGGCGCCUAUGGCACCUCGCCUUCUCCAACGCCAGCUUUGAAUGCUUCGCGUGUCGGAAGACCGGAAGUUCAGCGAGGCCCCUCAUCCAAUUUGUCUCGUUCACUUCUGAACGCCGACGCUCAAAAGGUAGCGACGGAGCAAGUCGGCCCGCCUGCAUCUCCAGCGAAUCUGACGUUUGCUCAGAUCCAAGAGCAGCAGAAGAUGGCGAUCGAGGCAGAACAAGAGACGAUGCGACAAGCCGCUGCAGCUCGCAGAAGCUUCCUCGACAUUCAGGAGGAAGAGCGACAGGCAGAAGAGCGUCGCAGGGAAGAGCAAAAGCAGGCAGAAGAGUUUGAAAAAUGGUUCGCCGAGGAAUCGAAACGGCUGCAAAAGGAGAAGAAGGGCAACAAUGCUGGAGGAAAGGGUAAGGGGGCGAAGAAGCUAGGCAAGCAAUCACAGCAGCAGCAGCAGCAAUCCUUGGGCUCAAAUCAGAAAGCGUCCAAGACAGGUCGGGAUCCGGCACAGGCCACCUCAGUGAAUGGUAACUCUACAAAAGCUAGGAGCGACAAGACGUCGGAAGCCGGCAAGCAGAGUGGAGCAAGCAAACCGAACGGUAGGCAAGCAAGCGAUGCGUCGGCAAACGCCGACCGCACGCCGAGCAAGAAUGCGGCAAAACAGGAUGCUGCGGAUGGCAACGACAUUGGCAAGAAGGCUUCGCCGAAGGGCAAUACCAAGGGUCAGAGUAGCAACGGUGCGGACGGAAAGAAGAAGCCGGCUGCACCUCCAAUCGCCUCGCCCAUGCAGCAUGGUCUCCCAUCCAAGCCGUCAGCGAACACAACCCCGAACGCCAACCUAUCGGCAGCUGCGCCCACCUUCACUCCUCGUCAAGGUUGA